CUGGUCGGCGGCUGAUUUCCGCCUCCGGGUGGCGCUUUCCGUUGUCGCGUUCUGGAAGCUUAGCGGUCGCCAUGGAGCUGCUGGGAGAGUACGUCGGGCAGGAAGGGAAGCCGCAGAAGUUGCGGGUGUCCUGUGAGGCGCCGGGUGGCGGCGACCCUUUUCAGGGCCUAUUGUCUGGCGUGGCCCAGAUGAAGGAGCGGGUAACGGAAUUAUUCGGCCCCCUGGUACAGGGGGAAGUGCAGCACCGGGUGGCGGCGGCUCCAGACGAGGCCUUGGACGGUGACGAUGAAGAUGAUGCAGAAGAUGAAAAUAACAUUGAUAACAUAACUAACUUCGAUGGACCAUCUGCAAAACGGCCAAAACCACCAUCUUAACAAUAGCCUUUAUGACAUUUAAAAGACUGCUCUUCUAUCCUAAUUGUCACACUGGGACAUUUAAGGAAGACUUAUGCUCUAAUUUGGAAAAGUAUUUGUGUUCUUCUCCUGGGACAAUUUUGUUGAAGAGAAAACUAGUUUUUCUGUUUCUGGCAAAGAUAGUAAAGGUUUAGAAAUAAAA